CCCUCCGCCGCCGCCCGGGCCGGCUCCGCGCCCCCUCCCCGGCCCCCGCCCGCCCGUCUGCCCGCCGCCCCCAUGGCGCCCCGGGCCGCCACUGCGCGGGGCCACUAGGACCCUCGGCGUCCCCUUCCCUUCCCCGCCCUGCCCCCUCUCCCGCGGCGCGAACCCGGGUGUCCACGGCACCCAGCUUUUGAGCUCGCGUCCCCAGGCCGGCGGGGGGGGAGGGGAAGAGAGGGGACCCCGGGACCCCCGCCCCCCCCCACCCGGCCGCCCAGUCCCCCGGGACCCGGAGAAAAUGUCUUCGCGGACGGCGCUGGCCCCGGGCAACGAUCGGAACUCGGACACGCAUGGCACCUUGGGCAGUGGCCGCUCCUCGGACAAGGGACCAUCCUGGUCCAGCCGCUCCCUGGGUGCCCGCUGCCGGAACUCUAUCGCCUCCUGUCCCGAGGAGCAGCCCCACGUGGGCAACUACCGCCUGCUGAGGACCAUCGGGAAGGGCAACUUCGCCAAAGUCAAGCUGGCCCGGCACAUCCUCACUGGCCGAGAGGUCGCCAUCAAGAUCAUCGACAAAACCCAGCUGAACCCCAGCAGCCUGCAGAAACUGUUCCGGGAAGUCCGCAUCAUGAAGGGCCUAAACCACCCCAACAUCGUGAAGCUCUUCGAGGUGAUCGAGACGGAGAAAACUCUGUACUUGGUGAUGGAAUACGCAAGUGCCGGAGAAGUGUUUGACUACCUCGUGUCACACGGCCGCAUGAAGGAGAAGGAAGCUCGAGCCAAGUUCCGACAGAUCGUGUCGGCUGUGCACUACUGUCACCAGAAAAACAUUGUACACAGGGACCUGAAGGCCGAGAACCUCUUGCUGGAUGCCGAGGCCAACAUCAAGAUCGCCGACUUUGGCUUCAGCAAUGAGUUUACCCUGGGCUCCAAGCUGGACACAUUCUGUGGGAGCCCCCCGUAUGCCGCCCCGGAGCUGUUCCAGGGCAAGAAGUACGACGGGCCAGAGGUGGACAUCUGGAGCCUCGGUGUCAUCCUGUACACCCUCGUCAGCGGCUCCCUGCCCUUCGAUGGGCACAACCUCAAGGAGCUGCGGGAGCGAGUCCUCAGAGGGAAGUACCGGGUCCCUUUCUACAUGUCAACAGACUGUGAGAGCAUCCUGCGGAGAUUUUUGGUGCUGAACCCAGCUAAACGCUGUACUCUCGAGCAAAUCAUGAAAGACAAGUGGAUCAACAUUGGCUAUGAGGGUGAGGAGUUGAAGCCAUACACGGAGCCCGAGGAAGACUUCGGGGACACCAAGCGAAUCGAGGUGAUGGUGGGUAUGGGCUACACGCGGGAAGAAAUCAAAGAGGCCUUGACCAGCCAGAAGUACAACGAAGUGACCGCCACCUACCUCCUGCUGGGCAGGAAGACUGAGGAGGGUGGGGACCGGGGCACCCCGGGGCUGGCCCUCGCACGGGUGCGGGCGCCCAGCGACACCACCAAUGGAGCGAGCUCCAGCAAAGGCACCAGCCACAGCAAAGGGCAGCGGACCUCCUCGUCCACCUACCACCGCCAGCGCAGGCAUAGCGACUUCUGUGGCCCCUCCCCCGCACCGCUGCACCCCAAGCGCAGCCCAACCAGCACGGGGGAGACGGAGCUGAAGGAGGAGCGCCUGCCAGGCCGGAAGGCUAGCUGCAGUGCAGCGGGCAGCGGGAGCCGGGGGCUGCCCCCCUCCAGCCCCAUGGUCAGCAGCGCCCACAACCCCAACAAGGCAGAGAUCCCAGAGCGGCGGAAGGACAGCACGAGCACCCCGAACAGCCUCCCUCCCAGCAUGAUGACCCGAAGAAACACCUACGUUUGCACAGAACGCCCUGGGGCUGAGCGCCCGUCCCUGUUGCCAAAUGGCAAAGAGAACAGCUCGGGUACCCCACGGGUGCCCCCCGCCUCUCCCUCUAGUCACAGCCUGGCUCCCCCAUCGGGGGAGCGGAGCCGCCUGGCACGCGGUUCCACCAUCCGCAGCACCUUCCACGGUGGCCAGGUCCGGGACCGGAGGGCAGGGGGCGGGGGAGGCGGGGGUGUGCAGAAUGGACCCCCCGCCUCUCCCACAUUGGCCCAUGAGGCCACACCCCUGCCCACUGGGCGGCCCCGCCCCACCACCAACCUCUUCACCAAGCUGACCUCCAAACUGACCCGAAGGGUCACAGACGAACCUGAGAGAAUCGGGGGACCUGAGGUCACAAGUUGCCAUCUACCUUGGGAUCAAACGGAAACCGCCCCCCGGCUACUCCGAUUCCCCUGGAGUGUGAAGCUGACCAGCUCUCGCCCGCCCGAGGCCCUGAUGGCGGCUCUGCGCCAGGCCACCGCGGCCGCCCGCUGUCGCUGCCGCCAGCCACAGCCGUUCCUGCUGGCCUGCCUGCACGGGGGUGCGGGCGGGCCCGAGCCCCUGUCCCACUUCGAAGUGGAGGUCUGCCAGCUGCCCCGGCCGGGCCUGCGGGGAGUUCUCUUCCGCCGCGUGGCGGGCACCGCCCUGGCCUUCCGCGCCCUCGUCACCCGCAUCUCCAACGACCUCGAGCUCUGAGCCGCCGCGGGCCCGGGUCCCCUCUUCUUCCUCUCCCUCGUCCCCUUCGCCUCUACGGCAGGGAGAGGGGGCAGGGAGGGGAGUCUCCCUCCGUCAUCACCUCAGCUCCCGUGAAUCCGACGUGGGGACAGAGAGUGUCCCCUGCGCUGUUGUCCGGGGCCACUGGGCAGGAGAGAAAAGCUUGGGGGCAGAGCAGGGGGAGCUGGCACCUUCCUCGAGCCUCCAGCCGGUCCUGCCCCCGCCCCCCAUCACCCCAACGUGGGGCACCUGAGGAGACUCUGGGGGCAGGGCAGGCGCAGAAAGGGAAACCGAGGAAACGUCUAUUCCCACCCCCUUUCCCCCAACAGCUCAAGAAUUAGGCCUUGGGCGGGGGCCGGAAGGGUUGCUGAGCCUAAAGACUGUAGAAGAGGGGAGGGGGGCUGGGAGUGGGGGUCAGAGAGGCAGAUUCCUUCCCCUCCCCUGCCCUCCCCUCAUGCUCGAACCCCCCACCCCCCUUCCUGCCCCAGGCUGGCGCGGGGCACUUUGUACAAAUCCUUGUAAAUACCCCCCACACCCUCCCCUCUGCAGAGAUCUCUCGAGGAGCUGCCGGUUUUUAAGUUAUUACACCCCCACCCUCCUCCUGUCAGCCCCCUCACCCGCAGCCUGUCGCCCAAUAAACUUAGGAGAGUCCCCCCUUC